UUCGUACUCCUACUGCAAACAUUGUCACCAAUUUGUCACGGCGACUGCUCGACCCUUUGGCUAUAUGUUUUGUUGAUUACGACGUAACGAGGCGUUGAUAUUUAUUCUUCCGACUCGCGCCAGCAGCACCUUUCAACAUUCUACACAACCACGCAAUCGUGACAAGGGCAAAUCUCUAUUACAACCAUGGACGCCAAGCCCUACCGACCUGUGCGAGGUCAUCCCACCGCAGGAAACGAGAAUCUACCCGCCGCAAAGCAAAGCAUCCAACACCGAAACAAGUCCGUUGGCAGUCUGCUGAACCAACCGACUACUGGUGCUUUGCAGGUUGCCGCCAAGCGAACAGCCCUCGGUGAUCGCAGCAACAACGCGACCAAGUCUCUCAUCUUGCGCGACGACUCCAAGAUGAGCAAGGGUGCAAUUUCGGCCGCGGGUGCGCCCGCAAGCACCACUAUGAUUACGAAGGCAAAGGAGAACCAGGUGGAAGGCCGCGCUGCCGCGAAGGACGCGUUCCUGCGCCCAGCGCAACGGCCUGCCUCCAAGGCCGCAUCGAUCCUUCCCUCGACAAGCAACGGUUACAUCAUGCCACUUCACGCUGGAGCCAGUAACUCGCACCUCCCCUCUCAGAUCAAGGUCAAGCCCGUGCCCAAGCGUGCUACCACCAUGGUCUACAACGACAAGAACGAUCUCCCGCAAUUGAACGCCCUGGAAGAGGCACACUACAAGUCCCUGACGGGUGCCGACCGUGAGGAGUUUCUGGCUACACGUCGUCCUCGUCAUCACCAAAGCCAGCCAUCCUUGAAGCCCGAGAAGCAGAAUCUACGCCGCCAGACCAGCAGUAUCUCGCAGCAGUAUACCAGCAUUGCGGAUCCUCGACCCUCGAACGCCUAUCCCGCUGGGGACGACAUCACCGAGACUCCCUACUUGGACGCUGUCGAAGAGCUCCCCCAAGAAGAUCAAUACCCCGUUCAAGAGCUUGAGGAAGGUACACUGCCUCCCCUUCCCUCUCUGUCUGCACCUGGCAACGGCUUGAAGGGCCCUACCAAGAUGGUCGAUCUUCUUUCUGAAGACCCCGUUGAGCUCUCUGACUACGAGGAAGAGGAUUACUACGAUGAUCAAGGAUACACGACAGCACACUCGAAUCGGUCCCGAGGCGACAACACAACCGGAGGUGGCACAACCAUUAUGUUUCCCCCGAAGCUCACCAAGAAGGGCGCGGCAGAGAUCGAGGCGGCCAAAGAAAUUGUGGAGAGCAAGCGUAACGCAGUCGAGGCUGACGAAGAGGCUUGGGAUAUCAGUAUGGUUGCGGAAUACGGCGACGAGAUCUUCGGAUAUAUGAAGGAGCUCGAGCAACAAUUGCUUCCGAAUGCCCACUACAUGGAGAUCCAGACUGAGAUCCAGUGGUCCAUGCGGUCGGUUUUGAUGGACUGGGUCAUCCAGGUUCAUGGCCGCUUUGGGCUUCUGCCCGAGACUCUCUUCCUUGCCGUCAACUACAUCGAUCGUUUCCUUUCAUACAAGAUCGUGUCACUGGGCAAGCUGCAACUGGUUGGCGCCACUGCCUUGUUCGUCGCGGCAAAGUACGAAGAGAUCAACUGCCCCUCGGUCCAGGAGAUCGUCUACAUGGUGGACAGUGGUUACACCGUCGACGAGGUUCUGAAGGCCGAGCGAUUCAUGCUGAGCAUGCUCAACUUUGAGCUCGGAUGGCCUGGCCCAAUGAGCUUCCUCAGACGCAUCAGCAAGGCAGACGACUAUGACCUGGAGACCCGAACUCUCGCCAAGUACUUCAUAGAAGUUACGAUCAUGGAUGAACGCUUCGUCGCGACUCCGCCGAGCUACGUUGCAGCUGGCGCUCACUGUCUCUCGCGUCUCAUGCUGGGCAAGGGCGAUUGGACUCCGGAGCAUGUUCACUACUCCACAUACACGUACAACCAGUUGAAGCCCUUGGUCGGCAUGAUGCUCGAUUGCUGCCGUAUGGCUCGCCGACACCAUGGCGCUGUCUUCGACAAGUAUUGCGACAAGAGAUACAAGCGGGCGGCCUGUUUUGUUGAACAGGAGUUGACCCAGGGCUACGGCCUGCCUUUCCAAGCGGCCCCCUCCCUUCCUAUCUCAUUCAACCUGCUCGACGACAUGCCGAGCCAUGACUCGUACGCUCCGCCCCACACGACUCUGAAGAUGCCGAUUCCGUCUCAAGGUUGAGCCCCACCAUCCCCAUCCCCACCGAAUCGAACCGGUUUGGCGGGCUACUGUACAUAUUCGCAACCCUCUUGGCGGAGUCCUCAACCACGCACUUCCACGCUUUUUGCGCGAUACCCUUUCCCGCUUUCUUA